CCGCCAUUAGAGUCACGUGACUUCACCACUCAUUUCCUUUUCUUCUCAAAGCAUUCAUCAAAAGAUAAUCGUCGACCGAAAUGAAGACCAUUUUGGCGAAUCAGAUCGUGAAGAUCCCCGACGGAGUGUCGGUGUCGGUGAAGAACCGUACGGUGCGAGUGAAGGGGCCGAGAGGUCUGCUGGUGCGGCAGUUCAAGGCCCAACUGGACAUGGAGCUGAUCGGCAAACACCGCCUCCGCGUCCAGAAGUGGUUCGGCAAUCGCAAGGAGUUGGCCACCGUUCGGACCAUCUGUUCCCACAUCGAGAACAUGAUCGUCGGCGUCACCAAAGGAUACCAGUAUAAGAUGCGUACGGUUUACGCCCACUUCCCCAUCAACGUGACCACCUCUGUGGCCAACUCCGUGGUCGAGAUCCGCAACUUCUUGGGCGAGAAGUACGUCCGUCGCGUGGAGAUGCAAAAGGGCGUCACGUGUGUCAACUCGACCGCACAGAAGGAUGAGCUGAUCCUCGAGGGCAAUGACAUCGAAGCCGUGUCUCGAUCGGCGGCACUCAUCCAUCAGUCGACGCUCGUGAAGAACAAAGAUAUCCGAAAGUUUUUGGACGGAAUCUAUGUCUCGGAAAAGACUAAUGUUGACACCACUGAAUGAAUGAUUGAAAUGACUUUUUAUUUGAUUAAUAAAAUUAAUUAAUUGUGAAAAUAAA